UGUGCAUAUAUGCUAUUGUGAAUUGUUUAUAAUUCUUCAAAUCUUGCAUUUGAAAAAAUUUCAAGAAGAUAGUAAGAUUGUUCGUUAAUUCGAGAUACAAUAAAUAACAUAUCUACGUACCUACCUACCAGCUGUAUGGAAAUAGACAAAAAAUUAUUGAUAAGCCAUCGAAAACGAUAAGUUGGGUCAUGGAACAACUCUUGUGGUUAGGUUUAUGGACGCAAAAAGAUACAAUGUUAAAUUUUCCCAAUCCAAUCAAUGUUGUAUGUUGGAGUUUAUCGACAACUGUGUCAUCAUGUUAGUAGUAUUCAAGUUUUUAGCGUUGCUGUCUACUCUGUAUUUGUGUAAGGCUGAAGACGAACUCAUAGCUGUCACAGCAAUAUUAAGACAUGGCGCAAGAAUACCUGUCUCGUUUUAUGCGAGUGACCCUUACAAAAAUAUUACAUGGCCAUUUGCUUUGGGAGAUCUAACCAAUAAAGGCAUCAAGGAAAUGCACCAUGUGGGUAAAUGGCUUAGAAAGAGAUACAGUUCUUUUCUAUCGGAAAUACACACACCAAGUGAGAUCUACGCUCACUCCGUAGACUUCGACAGAUGCUACAUGACCGCCGAAGCAACAUUGGCUGGUCUUUACCCUGCAAGAGGAAAAGAAGUUUGGAACAGCAACAUAAGAUGGCAACCAGUACCAAUCCACGGGUCUCCCAACUCCCAAGACAUAGAAACUAACAUGUUGAACCCCUGUCCCAAUAAACUAGCAGCUGUUGCAAAUCUCAUCUACAAUUUGCCAGAAUACCCAGCCAUAGCAGAGCUAUACAAUCCUAUUCUGAAAAUUAUAAACGAAAGGGCUGGAGAGAAUGUCACUCUACCUCAAUUGUACUCAUUUUACGACACCGUAUUCAGUGAGAAAGCGUUGGAUUUACCGUUACCGGAAUGGGUAGCAGAAAUCUAUCCUAAAAUACUACCCUUAAUAAAGUUAUACACGGAGCUCAACUCUAUAAAUCCGCAGGAAGUGAAGAUCCAAAUAGGACCUUUGAUGACGCAAAUCCUAAACCAGUUUGAACGAGCAAUAACUGGAGAAGGUUUUGGCACGACCAAAACGAUAUACAGAAAAUUCAUGGCCUACUUCUCAACCGAAUGGAUGUUGUACGAUUUCGCUUACGGUCUUGGGUUAGAAAGCAUAGAUAUACCACAAUAUGGCGCCCUAUUUUUGGUAGAGCUCAGAAGGAACUGGGAAGGUCAUUAUGUGAAAAUAUUGUUCAGAAAAUCUUCGAAACCUGGGACAAAAGCUGUACCCUGGAAAUUCAAAGAUUACGGGCACAAUCCAAGUUUCAGCAAAUUUAGGAAGUAUUUAGAACCAUUAAGGACGAAUACCACACAGUGGGUUUCGAUGUGCCACAACUUCACAGGUGCUUUACCAAAAACGGUUACUGGAGUUCCUAUAUCUUGAUCUGAAUGUUUGAAACGUUAUGGAAUCAAUAAAAAAAUAUUGAUUGAUCCGUAUGUGAGUAAUAUAAGAUGAGAAAUACUGUAGUUAUACAAUAACAUGUUUAGUAAAAUAUCAGGACAUGUAUUCUAAUAACUGUAUGGUUUUUUACAUGUAAAUAAAAUAUUGAUUCUCCUUC